CAAAGGCAAUCGGACGAGAACCUCCCCAGCAACUAUUCAGACGCCAUGGCAACGCCCAGCCACUAGCCACAGUCAAAACAAAAAACUCGAAUUAUCGGUGACCGAAAACUUUUCCGUUUGAAGAGAAAAUCCAAUAAAACAAGAAAAAUAAAGCUAUCCAUGUACGAAGCCGGCUCGGAGCAGAUCAAUUGCAACGGCAGAAUCAUCGAAUUGCCCAGCUUGGAGGUGGUGCGUCCAGCUCCCACAAUGCCCAGCGAUGCAAACAUUGAUUGGCUGCUCCACAUUUACUUUACGCGGCACGAGUUUGGCCGCUGCCGCCGUCUCAUCGAACGUGAGCUGAAUCGACAUCUGAAUGCCGAGUAUCUGCACUUUGUCCUGGGCCUAAUUGACCGCGAAGAGGGCAACCACAUCGAGGCGCUGCGACACCUGCAAAGGUCCCUGGAGUUAAAUCCGCAGAACAUCGAGACGUACAAGGAAAUCGGACGGACGCUGUACGUGAUGGGUCGCUUUAGUCAAUCGCUUGACGUGUUCCGCGAGGCCGAGCAGCGCAGUCCCCGCAAAGACCACGAAAUCUAUCACUAUCUGGGCGAGCUGCUGUACCGUGCGGCGACCACACAGACCCAACUGGAGCUGGCCAAGAAGCAGCAGGACGAGGCGCGUGCAUAUUUCGAGCUGGCCGUACAAACGGGCAAGAAGCUGGAGAGCCACGUCCGGCUGGCUGAGCUCUAUCGCAAGGACAAGCAAUACCAGCAAGCCAUCGAUGUGCUCGAGAACUGUUUGCAUUUGACGCCGGAGAAUGCCGAGGUGUUGAUUGAAAUCAGCGUUUUGUAUUUAAAAAUCAAUGAGACCCAAAAGGCCUACGAUCGCUUGGCGGAAGUCGUCAACAUUGAACGGAAAUGCUCGCCCAAGGGCCUGCUAGCCUUUGGCGCCAUACUUCAGUCCCGCAACGAUGUCGAUGGCGCCUUGGGCAAGUACAGCCAAAUCGCAAACGCCGAGCCGGAAAUUGCCGAACUCUGGAACAACAUUGGUUUGUGCUUCUUCAAGAAGCAAAAAUUCAUUGCGGCCGUUUCAUCGCUGCGCAAAUCCGUCUGGCUUUCGCCGCUCAAUUACAAUGCUCUCUACAACUUGAGUCUCAUCUACAUAGCCUCGGAACAAUAUGCCAGCGCUUUUCACACGCUGGCCGCAGCCAUAAACUUGCGCAAGGACAAUGCCGAGUGCUACAUGCUGUUGGGCCUCUGUCUGCGCAAACUGGACGAUGUGGACAACGCUUUUGUGGCCCUUGAACGGUCCAGCAACAUGGCCACUGGGCAGCCGCAGAGUGCCGCACGUAAUCCUUUGGUAUUCCUGAACUUUGCCCUCUUCUGCUACGAAACCGGACGCCUGACUUUGGCCGCGGAGCAGUACAAUCGAUUCCUAAGCCAGGCCCAGGACCUAAUGCUGCCCACGGAAUACAAGUUCCAGGCCACGAAACUCAAGUCCCUGCUGCGUAUCUCCAAUCAUGCGAAUGGAAUGCUGCAACUCGAUGCCGCUGACUCGGAGGAGACUGCGGUGGGAGCGGCAGCAGAAGAGCUGCCCCUGGAGGUGAAUGCCGUUGUCAGCCAGAACUGAAGCGGAAAGCGAUUAAACACAGCCACAAGCGACUGUCAUAAUCCCGAAUGAAAGAGAACAUGCAGUACUCUUAUUGACAUCAAAGAUGCUUAAC